UUUGUUUGCUUCUCGUCCGCCAUAUUUCGUCCUGCCAGUAUUUUGAGGGAGGAGAGGCAGUUUACAUAUCGUCCACAUACGUUUAAUUGAGUUUCUUAUGCUAGGCAAAUUGGGGAACCCAUUGGGAGCUGUUCCAGUCCCCAGGUUAUUAUUCCUGAAAGAUAAUAGUUACAGUGUAACACGUUUUUGCACGCAGCCGUACCAACAAGCAGUUAGUCACAGGCAUCAGUGUGAUUGGUUGCCGGGCCAGGGCACAGAAACUUCGCGGUUGGAACUUAAUCAUUCCCUCCCUUUGCAGCUGUGCUCCAAACGUCUAGAUUGGCAGGGAGUUGAGUUGUCCGAACAGAUCUCCGGCGCAAGAGACAGAAAGGUUUGAAAACAAUUACAGUAUCUUCAUCCUGAAAAACAACUAAAAAGCCAACAAAAUGAAUAAAUCAUCAUGUAACAACCUACAAAUAGACACACUGAAAGAAAAGAAGCUGUAAGACCCAGGUUUUGCCAAAAAUGCAAGGACGCUUAAGAUGUUUGUUUAGAAUGAAAUGAAUUUGGCUUCCAGAAAGGCCUAGAACUGUCUAAGAACAGUUCUACAGAGCCAUUAGACGAAUGGCCCAAGGAAGCCCGCAAGUUGACUUUCAGGUUUUGCAUAACCUGCGGCAAAAAUUCCCAGAGGUGCCUGAAGUUGUUGUUUCCCGAUGCAUGCAGCAGAAUAACAACAAUUUGGAUGCUUGUUGUGCCGUACUGUCGCAAGAAAGUACAAAAUAUUUGUACGGAGAAGGAGAAUUAUCUCUUUCAGAUGAUCCCCGAAUUGCAAGCUUAAGGAACCACAUGACUUCUCUGAAUUUGGAUUUGCAGUCACAAAACGUGUACCUUGAUGGAAGGGACGGCACUAGGAUGAAUGGUAACAGUAGGACUCUGACUCACAGUAUAAGUGAUGGGCAUCUUCAUGGAGUACAAUCCAGCAAUGAACUUUAUCAACCAGAGCCACAAACUGCACCUGCUCAUGUUCCUGCUAGCUUUAAUGUCUUUGGAAUGGCCAAUACAAUUAAUUCUUCAAAUUCUGGACAUCAGUUUGGGCUGCAUUUAGGAAGCAAAGGGUCUUCUGUUUCACAGACACCAAGGUUUAACCCUAUAAUGGUGACAUUGGCACCAAAUAUCCAGCCUAGUCGUAAUACUCCAACAUCUUUGCACAUUCAUGGUGUUCCUCCGCCAAUUCUUAAUAGUCCACAUGGAAACUCUAUCUACAUUAGGCCUUAUGUUACUUCACAGAGUGGUACAGCUCGACAGGCACAACAGUCACCAAGUUGGGUGUCUCAUAACCCAACACAACCACAACAGAUUUAUCAGCCGUCGCAACCAAAUCCAUGGACAACUCUUCCUACUUAUUCUGCGCCACAUACCUCAUUGCAACAGCCAACCCAAUCUAGUAUUCAGGGCCACCAGACCUCUCAUGUCUAUAUGCCCAUAAGCUCACCUACAACUCCUCAAGCACCCAUGCUUCAUUCAUCUGGCAGUGGUUCCCAACCCUCCACCCAGUACAAUAUUCAAAAUAUCUCAACAGGACCCAGGAAAAACCAAAUUGAAAUAAAGCUUGAACCUCCGCAGAGGAGUAAUUCAUCAAUGUUACGACCCUCAUCUUCUCGCAGUUCGGCAAACCCUGCCUCUAUUAAUAGCCAAACCAGAAACCAACCCACUGUUUACAUAGCAAGCCCACCAAGCACAGAUGAAAUGAUCUGUCGCAAUCAGCCUAAGGUCUACAUUUCUGCCAAUCCUCAAAGUGUUGAUGACCAGGUAAUCAGGAACCCACCUACAGUUUUCAUAUCCGCAAACCCUGGUGCAACAACUGCACCCAGGAAUAUGUCUGGGCAAUUAAGCAUGGGUCCUGCUUUUAUCCACCACCACCCUCCCAAAAGCCGAGCACACGGUAACAGCACAUCAGCCACAUCUCCACGUGUGGUGGUAACUCAACCCAACACAAAAUAUACUUUUAAAAUAACUGUCUCACCAAAUAAACCUCCUGCUGUUUCUCCAGGGGUAGUCUCUCCAACCUUUGAGCCUACAAAUCUGCUUAACCUUACUGAUCCAUUUGCAGAAUCAGAAGGUAUGCAACAUCUCACGGACCCUAUUCUAGCAUCUGAUAAAAUAAGUGAAGCACGAAAGCUAAGCGUGGGAUCGGAUGAUGCAGCAUAUACACAAGCUUUACUGGUACAUCAGAAGGCAAGAAUGGAACGACUACAUCGUGAACUUGAUGUGCAAAAGAAAAAACUUGACCAACUGAAGACAGAGGUCAAUGAAAUGGAAAAUAAUCUAACAAAAAGGCGCCUAAAUAGGUCAAAUUCUCUUUCACAAAUUCCUUCACUGGAAGAAAUGCAGCAAUUAAGAAGCUGUAACCGUCAGCUACAAAUUGACAUCGACUGUCUAACCAAAGAAAUUGAUCUUUUUCAGGCAAGAGGACCACACUUUAAUCCUAGUGCAAUUCAUAACUUUUAUGAUAAUAUUGGAUUUCUUGGUCCUGUGCCACCAAAACCAAAAGAUCAGAGAUCCACCAGCAAAACGCCAAAGAAUACAUCAGAGAUGGAGGAAGACGAGGGAGCUCAUUGGAAUUGCACUGCAUGUACUUUUCUAAAUCACCCUGCCUUAAACCGUUGUGAACAGUGUGACAUGCCUAGGCAUUUCUGAACCAGUUGGUCCUUAAAAUAUUAGCAUUUCGAAUCUCAAAGAAGAAAGCUAAAGAAAACUUUCCAGCUAAAGGAAACCCUUCGGCUGUAACUCUGUUCUGGAUAGUAGGAUUACAUAAAUCUGAAAGUGUGGCCUUUUGGUGUUUUGCUUCUGUUAAAUGUCAGCCCACAGUGAAAAUAAUACCUCAUUGUUGUGAUGUGCGCAGUUGGUUACCCCUCCCCUACUUUUUUAAUUAGUAUUGUUUAACUUGUUCCAUUUCAAUCAUUUGGUCACUGAAAUGCUGAUAAUCGUAUUUCUCAGCUUCCUGUACCAUGUACAGUAUAACAUUCAACUUGGUAAGAAGACAUUUUCUAGUUUUGAAUUGUGGGGGCUGUAAUUAACAUCUCAUUAAGUUACUAUGAUGUUUGCGUGAUUGAAACAAUUAGAGUUGGCCAUACUUUUUAUGGAUCAAGAAACGGGACCUAAAAACAAGCCAGAAACCCCCAAAAAUUGCAGUUUGCUGUAACUUUUUGCUGUCUUUUGGACAAAGAACAGACUUCACAGAUCAAGUGGUUCCUCGUGGGAGCAUCCUUUUGCCUUGUGAAGCAAGCAUCAGUGCAAUCAAGUAGAAGAAGAAAAGAACUGCAUGCAUUUACAAUACAGUGAAAUUACUCAGUGGCUUCUUCUUUUGUACAUAGCUCCAAAACCUGCUUUAAGUGAAUUGUUUUUUGAUUGUUUCACUUUUAUUCAUUUCCUGUACUUUGUAUGUAUAGUGUAAUAGGGUUUUUGUUAAUCUUUUGUUUAAAUAUGAUUUUAGAUCAGUCAGUUUUAUGUCCUUGUUUUGUUUUUUCCCUUCUUUGAAGAACUGUUGUCUAAAGACACAUGAGUUUUCUCCUUCAGCACAGCAAAGACCUAAAACUGUGCAGCUGCCUCCCAUUCACUUGAUUUGGAAGCCACUGACAUAUCCAGGCACUUUUCACCUUCAAGAUAGACUAGUAGUGUUUUCAGGCUGAAAGCCACUGUGAGUGCUGCCAGGCAUUUCCCUUUCAAAUGAAUUGAAGGCAGCAAAAUGAAUUGAAGGGGGCAAAAAAAUGCCAGCAGAGAAAACAACUAGUGUGCCAUAAGUCUAAGUGCCUCAGAAGGAUGGAAGUAAAGCAUUAAUAAUACAAAGCUAUGCCCAUUCAAAUGUUAGUUAUCAUUAGACCUCUACCAUUACUGCAUAACAUAACUCAUAAUUCAACCUUGAAACCUGAAAACAGCAAAGAAAUUUGUUACCUACAUGAUGGACAAUCAACAUAUAUUUGUAUUGUAUGCCAAGAUCAACUUCUUAUAUGGAAGUUAAAAGGCCAUGCAGUCUUUUUUGAAGAUUUGCUCUUCAUUAUGAUGACAGGCUUUCCUCAAAAGUAUAAUGUACAAUGUAAAACUGGCAUCUCUUGUAUUUAUAUGCCUGGUGGACACUUUAAUUAUUGGAUAUCACUAGGGAGUAAAAUACAAGUUCCUAAGUUGAAGAAUAUAUUGUUUCCAGAGUCAUUGCUGCAAUGUAUUUUUUUUCAUGUUUCAAUAUUUUUUGCUGCUUUUAUGAAUAUAGGAACAUACAGAAAAAAAAUGGAUAUUCAUUUAAUUGCAUCAGAAAAAUAGAACAAAUCUGUCUUCCACUGUCUAUUCCUUGAGCAAUAUCCCCAUGGUUGAAAUGUAGAUUUUCCUUUUCUAGUUCCUAAAGUGCCUCAUGUGCAGGUAGGCAGCACAUCCAAAAGCAAUACUUUUUUUUUUUUUUUUUAUUAAAAAUACACUUCUUUUAGUAUCCGUUUCUUGUGAAAAUUGACACUUCAGUCUUUACCUAUUUUAUUAAUAAAAACCUAAUUGGAUAUAUGGAGUUAAUAGUUUUGUGAUUAAGCUGGGUAAAACUGUCUUUGUAACAGAUAAGUUAUUUAUAAAAAUUAAAAAAAUAUAUAUUCUAA